GGCUAUAUUACCCUUUUGUGUAAACAAGCAUGGCGGGUGUUGUGAGACAGGAAGCGAUUGAAAAAUAAACAUGGUUUUGUGUAUGUUAUCUUUUUAAAGUUGGAGGAAGCCGCAUUUAAAAAUGAGUGCUGAGGAUGCGUCACUCCAGUUUCCUCUGCAUGUCAGCACAGAGGAUGAGGAGUUUGUGAUCGAGAAAGACAGUGAUGAUGUCACUAGUCCGCAUGGUCCACAGUUUGAUGACCAAGGAUUUUUAUCCAACGAGGAUCAGAUUGGAGGAGUGCGUCUCAAAAGACGCCGGAGGUGUGGACAAUGUGGUCCGUGCCAGGUGAAAGAGAACUGCAACAAGUGUCACUACUGUGUCCGCAAGGAUGUGCUUAAACAAACUUGUGUGUACCGAAAAUGUGUGUACCUGAGAUCCAAGCCCAAGCCUUACUCAAGGCAGCCCAAGGAGGUCAUUCCACUCAGUCAGCGGCCUCUGGUCAAUUCCCCACCCACUGAAGUCCCCAGACCCACUUCGCAGCAGGUGACCUCCUUGUUUCCAGAUAACAAUGGACUUGCAAAAACACUGAUGCCAAAUAACACUGUGUCUUCUCCCCCCUUGCCUUUUCCAUUUGGAUUACCAUCAGGACCAACAACACAGACUGAAUCGAAAUUCAAGCCACCAACUAGUGUGGCACCAGAUCUUUUUGGCAGCAUCUGUGAACACAAGGGUUCGAAUCCGACUUUGUCUUUAUCAGGGCCGAUGAACAACCAUCAGUCACCACUGAUACCAAGUCUCACCAAUAAUUCAUUAACAUCACCAAUAUCUGAUUUCAGCAGUACAUUUCCUCGACCAUCUAUCCAUGUUCCUCUUCCCCACUCCAUUCGAGAAUCUCCGCUAAUGCAUUAUCCAGGGUAUGGCAGGGCCAUGGUGAACGAAGCCCGGCCAGACAUACAGUCACCCUGCAUGUAUUCACCUCCUUCCCUUCGUCCACCUCUUCCUAGUUCUGUUUCGCCGAUGAACAUGUCACCAUUUGAUCGUAAUCCAGUGGGAGGGUAUUUAGACAGACCCCCAAAUGGACCGACUUAUCUUCCAAAUAGUCCAGACUUGUACAGACCAUUCACCUCAAUACCAUCAGCUUCACCAGGAUAUCCAUAUUCUACGCAGUCAAGGUUUUCUCACAAUGCGGCAGUGUAUCCUUCUGCCCCGUCAUUACCAGGCUACUCAGGACUUGGAAUGCAUCCGUCUCUGCAUCCCCCUGCGAUGCCCAGCAGUGGUCCGCAUUAUGGAGCAUUUCAGACACCUUCCUUUACCUCCAACCAAUCUAUCGGGUGUCCAAAAAACGGGCAGUGCCCUCCUGCAUCCCAGACUUUGGAUACCCAACUGAUGCAGGAGAGGUAUGGGUCUACCCCCAAUUCCAAGGACAAUGUCAGUUCUAAGGAUAAGGCCAAAGAAUCCAAAAAUGAUUCCACUACUGAUGAAGUGGAAUUGGCGGAACAAGCUAGAAAUGUCUUUAAUCUGGCAGAGAGAAGGAGACGAAGCUCAUCUUCCUCAGACUGUUUUGAUUAUUCAUCUCGCAAAGACAGAUAUAAACUUCCACCUAUCCCUGCAGCUCCACUUUUCUGUGCAAAUAUGCCAUGGGACAUGUUUAAUGUGUACAACUGGAGCAGACGACCAGCAUCUGUUCUGAGUGAUGAUACGAGUUAUGCCAGUGUGACAUCCUCAGAUUUUGAAUGUGACAUCAUUGGCAUUGACGAUUUACAAAUCAAUGCCAUGAUCAGAUCUGAUGGCUGUAACAGUAUUGCAAUAGAGUUUGAUGACCGUGCAUCAGAAACGUCUGGAAUGAGCACAAAAUCAGGCAACACAGGAUCUAGUCAGAACAGUGAGAAUGAGUGCUCGACACUUGUGAAAAAGGUGUACAUUCAGGGGUCAGUUCACCUGAAGCAGGACUUGGGUGAAGAAGGAAUCAUUCAGCUGGAACUUCCUGGGAACAAAGUGACGUUAGAGGAGGCGUACCUGGACAGCGAGCUGGCUUCUUAUUCCUGUGACGUCGAUGAAUUACUAAAUUUCAUCAGGAAAGAACCAGAACUGAAAUGUUUCGAUUAAUCUGUGCAAAUCUGUUGUAGUCAAAAUUUGUAAACUGCUGAAAUGGCAAGAGUAUCAAAACAUAUUGUAAACAUGGGUAUUUUCCUGUAGUGUUGAUUAUGCAAAUUUAUGCUGUAAAAAUUUACAUGGAUAUGACUUUUGGGUAUAAAAAUAUGACUGUAUACAAAGUAUCAUUUAAGAUAAGAAAAAAAAAAUCAUUGCAUGGGUGAAGUCCUAAAGGUAGAUUACACAUGAAAAUUCCAUGUUUACUGUAUUGCUGUUAGAGAAAAAUAGUUUUUAUGAGAUUUUUUGUUUUUUGAAUUAUUUAUUUUCAUACUUUUAAUGAAAUAGAUGAAAACAAAUAUUUACCGUAUUUAUGGUUUAAUGAUUUUUAAAAAAAAUUUCCAUUAGCUUGAUUACAAAAAAUCUUUAGACUUAGCAGUGAGAUCCAAGGUUUCAUUGCAUGCUUUUUGAAAAGAAUUCCAGAUUCUUAGUAUGAACAAUGCAGGUGUUCUUUUGUUAAACUGUGUAGCAAAUACCAGUAGUUGUUUAUAUAAUAUUACUAGUACAUGUACAGGUAAUUGUAUGUUCGAGGGUUUUAGAGACAAUAACUUGCAUUGAAAUAUGUUUUUUUUUCUCUUUGUUUAAGCACUGUAGUCUUGAUUUUUUAUUAUUGAGUGGGUGAAAACCCCUCAGAAGGAAAGCGAAUGCAUGCAAAUUGAUGAAAAUAGUUACUGUAAACCAACUUUUAUUCAAGUGCGACAAAUUUUGUGAUGUUUGUAAGAGCCUCAUCAUCACAAACUUUUCUCGUUGUAAACUAGACCUCAAAUGCUCUGAAAUUUUAUUUUCCAGUUAAUCUACAUCUUGGUCACGAAAACAAUUUGCUGCCAUCUGAUUAUUCCCAGUAAAUUACAAAAUAAAGUUUUCACACAUAAAACUUGGUUUACAAUACACUUGGCUGUACAUGUAUUUUAAAGGCUAUACUAGUAUAUUGAUCAUAAUUCUAAAUAACUGAAAAUCUUUUUGUGAAAACAGACAUUUUCUCUGUUAUAGAGUUUUUUUUUUAAUUUUUGAAAAUUGUUGUCACUUUGAUCAGGUAUGUACUUUUGACAAAAAUUGAAAUAUGCUGACACCUCGGAAGAUAAUGAAGAAAGUCCUUCAAGCACACAAAAAGUUGGUGUAUUAAUGUAUUCCCCAGUAUUUUAAUUGCAAUUUUUGUGCUUGUCUAUAAUGAAUU